CUUAACUCUUCUUUGUAGCUCUUCGAAGACAUUGCAUUCAAACGAGAACUGUUGUCCCUAACUGUGCACUGCAUCAACAAGGAAAAUGGCUGUGAGUGGAAACACGAACUGAGACAACUAGAGGAGCAUAUGGAGACCUGCAUAUUUGCAAAGGUUUGUUGCCCGAACGAGUGCGGCGAGACGAUGUGGCGUCUGAUGCUGACGGAUCACGUGAAACUCACCUGCUCGCGUCGGUCGAUCACGUGCAAGUUCUGCGCACGCAUCAUCAUCUUCCUCGACGAGCCGAAGCAUCAUUUGGUGGAAUGUCCCUACUUUCCGAUCACCUGCACAGCGUGCGGUCAGCAGAAGAUACGUCGUCUGAACCUUAGUUCGCACCAGGACAAGAUAUCCGGAGAUUGCCCGGAGACAUUUGUACCCUGCAGGUUCAUGAACAUUGGCUGCACGUUCUAC